AUGCUUAAGUGUGUCAGCCGAGUAUUCUUGGGAGCCAAAACGGUACCUCUUAACCCUCAUGUUCCCUUCAAACUGCACACGGCUGGUCGCGAUGAUUUACCGCCCAUCCCGACCACCGCCACAUAUGAACCAGAGAAAAUCAAAGAGAACCUUGCGAUGAUGAUUCGUAUCCGUCGGGUGGAGGCACUUGCCGAUCAGUCAUAUAAACUCAAGAAGAUCCGCGGUUUCUGCCACCUCUGCAUCGGUCAGGAGGCCAUUCCUGUGGGUAUGGAAAACGUCCUCUCGCGUGGCGACCCCGUUGUCACCGGUUAUCGAGAUCAUGGAUUAUUUAUGACGCGGGGAGGCACGAUUGAGGAACUCUUUGCGGAACUCUUUGGUCGAGAGGGUGGCUGCUCCAAGGGUAAAGGUGGAAGUAUGCAUAUGUACAGGGUUAAAGAAAACUUCUACGGUGGGAACGGCAUCGUUGGUGCGCAGGCUCCCUUGGGUGCGGGCCUCGCGUGGCGCUAUGCCCUCGAGAACCGCGACAAACCCUCAAAUGUGGCUGUUACAUUCUAUGGUGACGGUGCAGCCAAUCAAGGACAGGUGUUUGAGGCAAUGAAUAUCGCCGCACUGCAGCGCAUCCCCGUCAUAUUCUGUUGUGAGAAUAAUCACUAUGGUAUGGGCACCAGGGAGGACCGCGCUGCAUAUCAACCACAGAUGUACCGCCGUGGUGAUUAUAUUCCCGGGCUGCGUGUUGAUGGUAUGGACGUCCUUGCGGUUCAAGAGGGCACGCGCUGGGCGAAGGAGUGGUGCCUUGCCGGCAAGGGACCUGUCGUACUAGAGAUGGAUUCAUAUCGUUACAUGGGUCACUCGAUGAGUGAUCCCGACAGCCAGUACCGCACCAAAAAUGAUAUCCAGGAGGUGCGCAGGACACGCGAUUGUAUUGAAAAAAUGAAGGAAUUUGUGGUGAGUGAGGGCAUCAUGACGGUCGAGGAAAUUAAACAAAUGGAAAAGGACGUGAAGAAGGAGGUGGACAAGGAACUUCCCCCUGCGGAGAAGCAGGCCAUUACCCCUCUGAAAGAACUCUUCACGGAUAUUUAUUGUGGAGAGCAGUACGAACAUCGUACAACACAAGGAACAGUUUAUGCCAAGCCGUGA